AUGACAACUGAUGGUGCUUUUAGUACAACGUGGCUCAACAAUCUGCCAAAAUCAAUGGAUUCACCAUUGUUGCCCCAAGAGAAUGGAUCCCGAAACAAUUGUGAUGCUCACCGAUUCUUUACACAACUCAGUUCAAUUCCCAAAUCUGUUUUGCAAUUAUUAGGUUCUUCAUACAUAAUGCGUUCCACCGCUUGGGAGAUAUAUGGCAGCUCUUCUGAUGUUUUGAGCAGUCCACUUUUUGAUUGGGUGGAGAUGAAGCCUCCAAUGAGCAAUCUUCAUGCCCCUCUUGCUCGAAUAAAUUCGCUGGUUUAUGCAACUUGCUUUGCCGAAGCUUCAAGUUCCUCUGAUGCAGCAUCAGUACACGCAAAGCUCAUCCAACAUCUAGCAAUAUUUCGAGGAUAUAAAGAGGCCUUUGCUGCUCUUAAAGUAGCCGAAGAGAAGUUUUUAACUCUCUCAAAAUCAGUAAUUUUGCUACUAAAAUUGCAGUUACUCCAUGAGCGUGCUUUGCAUCGCGGAAAUCUGAAGCUAGCACAACAAGUAUGUGAUGAGCUUGGAGUUUUGGCAUCAUCUGUCAGUGGAGUGGACAAAGAUCUGAAGACAGAAGCAAGCCUUCGUCAUGCUCGGACAUUGCUUGCAGCAAACCAAUUCAGCCAGGCUGCAGCAGUUGCACAUUCUCUCUUUCGAAUGUGUUACAAAUUCAAUAUGCAGGUUCAGAAUGCCACUGUUCUUCUUUUACUGGCGGAAAUUCAUAAGAAAUCAGGCAAUGCUGUUUUAGGCCUUCCUUAUGCAUUGGCAAGUCUCUCAUUUUGCCAGUCAUUUAAUUUGGAUCUGCUCAAGGCAUCAGCCACUCUUACCUUGGCUGAGUUGUGGCUGUCAUUAGGAUCAAAUCAUGCAAAGAGGGCUUUGACCCUUAUACAUGGGGCUCUUCCCAUGAUUCUUGGUCAUGGAGGGUUGGAGCUCCGAGCGAGGGCUCAGAUCGCAGAAGCAAAAUGCUAUCUAUCCGAUCCAAGCUAUUCAGUGUUUGACGAUUCUGAGGUUGUGCUGGAUCUUUUGAGGCAAGCUUCUGAUGAGCUUCAAGUGUUGGAGUAUCAGGAGUUGGCUGCUGAAGCUUACUAUUUGAUGGCUCAUGUAUUUGACAAACUUGGGCAACUAGAGAGGAGGGAAGAAGCUGCAGCUUCAUUCAAGAAACACAUAAUGACACUUGAGAAUCCUCAGGAUGAGAAUGAUCCUUUACUGAACACGUUAUGCAGAAAACCAUAG